AUAUAUAUGAUGAUGAUAUUAUUAUGGAAACAACCAAAGUGACCAAUAAUAAUGAUAAAACCGAACAAAGCCGUAUUGAUGAAUUUAAAAUUGAUUACGAUAUCGUAAGUAUCGGUGUUGUUGAAUCGAUAUUUAAUAGAAAAAAUGGUACACCACGUCAAUCGGGAAUCUGUCCACAAAGUAAAGGCAUCAUUCGUAUACAUAAAAAAUUAUUCAAUAAUCCGUCACAUCCAUUGAUCGGUAUCGAAAAGUUUUCAUAUUUAUGGAUUAUUUUCUAUUUUCAUGAAAAUCGAAAUAAACGUCGUUUCAUUGCCAAAGUACAUCCACCCAGGUUGGAUGGCGCAACUUGUGGUGUGUUUGCAUCACGUGCACCACAUCGACCUAAUCCAUUUGGUUUGACAAUUGUCAAAUUGGAUCGUGUGGAAGAUGGAUGUUUAUACGUAUCCGGUUUGGAUAUGAUUGAUAAAACUCCUGUAAUCGAUAUAAAACCAUACAUUGUUAAAUAUGAUUAUCCAUACGAUGAUUCGAUAAUCAUUUCCAAUCCAUUCAAUUCAAAUAUUGAACAAAAUGAAAACCAAAAGGAUUUUGAACCAGAGAAACCUAUGAUUCCUGAACAAAAAACUGAAAAACUUGGUUGGAUCGAUGGUGAAAUUGUUAAUGAAAUUCAAGUGGAUUUUACUGUUCGAAGCCUACAACAAUUAUCUUGUUUCCAUCCGUAUUCAUUUCAUGGGGACAAUUUUUCACAAUGUGAUCAUUGUUUUCGUUUAUUUCAUGAUGAAAAUGAAGCAAAAAAAGCAAUCAUUAAUCUAUUACAAGCAGAUCCACGAUCAGUUUAUCGGCGAAAAAAAUGUAUAGAUCGUUUAUAUUAUUUUACCAUAGAUUCUAUACAUAUAACGGCUUGGUUUGACAUUGAAAGUGAUAUGGUUGAAGUGAUAAAAAUUAAACCAUGGAAUCCGACAAAAACAACUGAACAACAACAACAACAACAACAAUAAUAAUAAUUCAAUCAAUUUGGUUAUCAAUUCUACAAGAAUAUAUAUUAUUUUUAUUUUUUUUUAUACAAAUGAUAAUUCUAUUAUAUUUAGGCAUUUCGUAUAUAUUGUGAAUUAUUGAACAUAAAUUGAUUUUUCAUUUUUGAUUAACCAAAAAAAAGUAGUAGUAGUAGUAGUAGACAAAAAAAAAUAUCAU